GGCGGCAUUAAUGUUGCUCCGGUUGCCUGAGAUCCUGGACCCAUCCAUUGGGGCUGUUGAGGAUUAAAGACCCUGAAGCAGUCGCCCAAGCCUCUGCCCAUCUCCUCAUUGCCCCAGGCUUCCAAGCAUAUUGGAAAUGGAAAAAAUCAAAAGCCCCUCCAAGAGACAGAGGUCCUCAGGCCCAAUGGGACAGGAGCCUUGUGUGAGUGCCAGCACCCCUGUGACCAGACCCAAGAACCCAGCCACCAGCCCGGCCUGUCCCAGCCCCGACUCAUGCACCAGCGCCACCAACACCUCUUGUAAGCUUGGGCCUGCCGGGGAAGGCCUGCCAGAGGCUGCGGUCAGACUUGAUCUGUCUGACAGAGGAAGCAGGGCCAGCAGUGGCCACAGGAGGAAGGCCAAACUCUCCAGCCCAACAAAGACGCGGGAAAGAGACUUGUCCCGGCGGAAGAGCAGCCUCUGUGCCCUGCCUGGUGGCACGCCUGUCCCUCUGCCUGGCCUGGACCAGGUUCACCGAGAGAAUCCGGUAGAAGGUGCUCUUGGCCUUGCUGACUGCAAUGGGAGGAGAAAACCCCACUCUCUGGGGGAACCUGAUCUUCAGCCCUCGGCCUCGCAUGCCAAGUGCUGGGCCAGCCCCUCGAGGAGUAAGCCGAAGAGGCCCUCUGGAACCUGUGACCUCCAGCUUGUUCCUGGGCCAGAGCCCCCUGUGCAGCCUGAGAAGGGGGCAGUGUCCAGGCAGAAGGCGCGUGGGUGGAAGGCGGAAGGGACGAAGACGAGAAAGCGAGCACGGUCCCUGCCGCUUGGCACUGGCUGGGCCCCAGCUCUGGCCCAGUCUCUCCUGCACCCCCACCAGGACACCGGUCCCAACAGGGCGGAGGCCAGCCAGCCCCAGGAAGAUGAGGCCUCGAGGCAGGCUGACAUCCCCCCAGCCCAUCCGGCCAAGGAGCUGCCAUACCCCAAAAAGCGGAAGAGAAAGCAUCUGCUUCAUGGUGUGAUGGAGUCAGGGUCCCAGCCAAGGAUCCAGGAGCCUCCUUGCCUGAACAAACUGGUUAAAGAUACAAAAGUAGGGACCCGGCGCUUGGAUUCCGUCUCACGUUCCCUGAGCCCCUCGCAGGCCAUACCAGAUGUCACACAGUUCUUCACUGGGGACUUCAAGAACACCUGCCGUGUCACCUGCACCUUGUGUGGCACCAGUGUCAGAUGGACCAAAGCCGAAGGGAAGUCCCGAGGCUCAGGCCUCAUCCGGCACCUGACCAGUAAGCACAGCAUGGAGUGGGAGAGAAGGCCAGCCCCAGGCAGCCCAGGCCAGUGGCCAGCAGGAGCAGAGCAGGUACAGAAGAAGCCUGGUGCCCUCGGCCUUGGGGUGCCUAGAGACCCCCCAGACACUGCGCCUUUGGAGGACAGCAGCAAGGAGCUGGCCCUGGGAAGACCUGAGCAGCUACUCCUGGCCCUGCCCCCACUGCUUGCUUCUCCUGGGUCAGUCAAGGACGACAGCCUCAGUGACACAAAUGACCCCACCUGGCCCCAGGCUCAGGCCUGGAACCACAGGAUCGCAGAGCUGCUCUGUGGCCUGGCCCUGCCGCUCUCCUUCGUGUCCUCCCUGCCAUUCAGGAGGUUCAUGGCCCAGGUGGACCCUUGCUACCACCUGCCCUCCCCGGCCUUCUUCUCGGACAAAGCCUUGCCCUUGCUGCACGAGGCCAUGGGUGAGCAGGUGCUUCAGGAGAUACAGUGGGCUGAGGGGGGCCAUGUCCACCUCACCGCCUCCGUGUCGGCCCAGGACUCAGUUGUGAGCUACAUGGCCAUUGCUGCCCACUGGGUGGCCCGCAAACCUGCGGCACCAGCGAACGUGCGGAAAUGCGCAGUGCUCUGGGUCCGGGGCCUGCCCUCUGAGAGGGCCGCUGAGGAUGGCCAGUCUGAGCUGCUGGAGCAGAUCAGCCUAUGGCUGGGCCGUGGCUCCCUGAGGGCUGGUUUCCUAGUAUCGGGUGGCUGCCCCAGCCUGGAGUGGGCAGUGAGGACUGAGGGUUAUACCCACAUCCCCUGUUUCACCCACUGCCUUGACUCUCUGGUGAGCAACUUUCUUUGUCACCACCACAGCGUCCAGAUCAUCCUGGGCACUGCCAGGGCCAUCUGCAGUCAUUUCCAAGGUUCAGCAGAGGCCCGGAGCCUGCUCAGCCAGGUCCAGCAGCAGUGUGGCCUCCCAGCCCAGCAGCCCUUCGAGGAGCUCUCGGACGACUGGGGCUCAGCCUACCGCUUGAUGGAGUGGCUGGUGGGGCAGCAGCCUGCCCUGCAGGCAUACGCCGAGAUCCAGCAGCCGGGCAAGGCCGGCACUGCCCUGUCCACGGUGUUCUGGAGCCUGGUAGACAGCCUGGUCAAGCUCCUGCAGCCCUUCCAGAUGGUAGUCCAUGAGGCCAGCAUGCCCCAGGCUUCCCUGAGCCAGGUGCUACCUCAGUUGCGCUACCUGCAUAUCUUCCUAGAGCAGCUGCACAGACAUUUCCAGGAGCAGAGCGUUGGGGAUGUGGGCACAGCCUUGAGGCUGGCCGAGGGCUUGGCCCUGCAGCUCUCCACGGACCGCCAGCUCAAUGAGCUCUUCCACCGCGAGGAGUUUGUGCUGGCUACCCUGCUGGACCCGCGCUUCAAGGGCAAGAUCGAGGCCAUCCUGCCUGAGGGGGCUGACAUUGACCACUGGAAGCAAGUCCUGGUGUACAAAGUGAAGGAGAUCAUGGUGACUGAAUACUUGCCCACCUCUGGUGCAAGGCGCAAGGGCGUGCACACGAGCACCACCAGGAGGGCCAGGGCUGAGCGCAAGGGCCAGAGGGAGUCUCUGCGCAGGCAGAGUGACCCUGGCCCCGUCCUGCUGGUGCAGCGGGAGAAGAGCCUGCUAGAGCAGUUGGAGAGUGUGGGCCUCCUGGUGUCCCAGAGCAGCGGGGCCUCUCUCUCCACUGAGAACCACCUGGCCAGCGUCAUUGUCAGGAGAUACCUGCGGGACAACGAGAUCAUUGGCGCCCAGGAGGACCCACUGUCCUACUGGGAGAGGAAACGUGGUGCCUGGCCAGCCCUGGCCCAGCUGGCCACCAUCUACCUGUCCUGUCCACCCACAAGAGCCUUCUCAGAAAGCGUCUUAGCCUCCCUGGACAGCCCCACCAUCGUAGAACAGAAGCCCCCACUCAAAGUAGAGGCCAUUGAGCAUCUGCUCUUUCUGAAAACCAACCUGGAGAACUUCCCUCACUAUACCCCGCCGCCCCUUGUCUUCCCCAGUAGUGACCCAGGCGAGGGGGAACAAACUCCAUAGCCUGCCUGGCGUGCUAGGCGGGCACACCCAGGAUGGCGCAGCUAGGUUCCAGGAACCUCGAGAGGAGGUGCAGCCCGCAGUCUGCUGCUCACAGGACUUACUCAGGGAAACCCUGCAGCAGGUCAGUGUGGAGCAGAGUGCUGUAUCCUGCAUGUCACCAUCCGAAACCUGUCAGUACAGGGACAGCGUCUCUGUCCUUGACAGGUUGCCACUUUCUCCCCAUUGCCCCAUGUUUAUGCAGCAGUGUACAGAGGAAGGCCUUACUGCUUUCCUGUGUGGCUAUGAGCUGUACUACAUGGUUUUUAAAACUGAUGUAUAAAAUAGUUCGUAUUAGUAGGUAUUAAGGACCUUGCAUAGCUCAUCCACGUGAAUAAGUGGAAGCAGUCCUUUAAGAAGCAACUUUAGCCAGGAGCCCAUACCUGUAAUCUCAGCUACUUGGGAGACUGAGGCAGGAGGAUUGCAAGUUUGAGGCCAACUUGAACAAUUUAGCAAAGGCCUUAUCUCAGAAUAAAAAUGUGAAAAGGGCUGGUGCUGUAGUUCAGUAGUAAAGUGCCCUAGGUUUGAUCCCUAUACUACCCAGAACAAAAAAACCCAGCCUUCCCCCACAAAAAGGGAGGAAGCCUGAGGCAGAGUAGCCAUCUUGGGAGGGAAGUGUGUGCACCUAUGCACACACAAGCCAUCUUCGGGACCCCAGAGUGGCCAGGGAACCCCAAGGGCUGGGACUGAGCAGCUGACCCAGACAGCUGAGAGAUGCCCCGUCAUCAGCGUACCGUCCUUAUCCCCAGGGUUGCAGGUCCUUGUUUCACCUGGCAGCACCUGUCUGUCCUUGCCCCUGGCCACGUUAGGGCAGAUGCGUAUUUGGAAGAGAGGAAGGACAUGUAAGGAGCUCACUGACAGUGGACUGUCCAGAGCUCCUGUAGGCCUAAGGACUGGGAACCAGUGGAAUAGGGUAGGUGUAGGCCAGGUCCUGCACUUCCCACUGGACUUGAGUCCAGGUAGCCUGAGGGUGCCUGGUCACUAGGCAGGGUGGCCACUACGAUGGGUGAGAAGUAGGGUGCAUACUCUCAGCCUCCUAAACCACUUCACUUGAAUGGUGACCCCGAAAACCUGUCCCCAGCCUCUCCUAGGUUGUCAGUCCUAUGUGUCACAGGGACUAAUUCAAGUAAGACGUUGAGAAAUGAACCAUAAUCCUGUCAUUUGUAGACUGGCUUUGUCAGUGCUUUUACUUAGACCCUUUCUUACCCUGAGAUCGUGUGCUAUGAACUAUUUUUUAUGAAGUGUUUUUAUUUUAACAAUAAAAAUUGCAUCUUUUAAGCAA